AUGGAUUCGCCUUCAAUGGAAACUAUUUAUCAGGCCAUCAGUGCCUUGUAUGAUAACCCUAAUACAUCGGAAAAAGAAAAGGCUUCACUUUGGUUGGGAGACGUUCAAAAAUCGAUACACUCAUGGAAAAUAGCAGAUCAACUGUUGCAGCAGAAAAAAGACGUAAAAUCAUGUUAUUUUGCGGCGCAGACGAUGAGAUCAAAGGUACAACACAGUCUGUCAGAGCUGCCACAGGAGGCUCAGAUUUCUUUGAGAGAUUCUCUGAUCAGUCAUUUGGAAGGCAUCUCCUCGGACGUGACGCCCGCCAUCCUCACUCAACUGUCCCUGGCCCUGGCCGACCUGGCGCUCCAACUUACAUCGUGGCAGAACUGUGUCAAUGAUCUUAUAAAACUGUUCUCAAGUAAAAAUGAAUUUGCAUUACUAGAAGUAUUGACAGUCCUACCUCAGGAAAUCGACUCGUCCAGUUUGAAACUCGGUGAGAACAGACGGGAAGAAAUCAAACAAGAACUGCGAGCUAACUCGCAAAUAGUAUCGUUUUUUCUUAAAGAGUGUAUUAAUAAUUCCCAAAGUUCUCAUGUGGCAUUAAAAAUAGUGAAGUGUAUGACAUCCUGGAUACAAGCGGGGGCCAUGAACAUACAAGAAGUGCCGCAGAAUGCCAUCAUAGGUUUCAGCCUACAAGUGUUAAAAGACCACAAUUCUAUAAACAUUUUACAUGAUGCAGCAUCCGACUGUGUGUGUGCUAUACUGCAUUGUUUAGAGAACAGUAAUUGUGACGAUGAUGUUAAAAAACUGUUAUUUGAUAGUGUUGCCUCCCUAGAGGAAAGUUAUCAUAUGGCCGUAGCUCAGGAGGAAGAGGAAAAAGCAGCAAACUAUGCCAGAGUGUUUACGGAGCUGGCCGAGACAUUCUUACAUGUUAUAAUUAUCAAUACGGCCAACGGCUCGCCACACUAUGCUAUGAGGGCUUUAGAGUUGGCUCUGACCUGUGUUGGCCAUCAUGACUAUGAAGUAGCGGAGAUCACAUUCAAUGUCUGGUAUUGUUUAGCGGAGGAGGUCUAUGAGAGAGACUAUCAACCCUUCACAGAUGCCUUCAAACCUCAUAUUGAGAGACUGAUUGAGGCUUUAGCGAGACACUGCCAGUAUGAACCUGAUCUCACACAGUUGCCACAAGAAGGGGAUGAGUUUUAUGAAUUCCGAGUGAAAGUGAUGGAGUUGAUCAAAGACGUAGUAUUUAUAGUGGGCUCCAGCUCAGUGUUCAGAAAGAUGUUUGGAGUGUUGCAGGCCGACCUGCCCUGGGAGCAGACUGAGGCUGCACUAUUCAUUAUGCAGGCUGUUGGGAAAAAUAUACUACCCGAGGAGUACGAGUAUGUACCGAAGGUGGUGGAGGCGAUCCUGUCGAUGCCAGACACCGCGCACGAGGCGGUCCGCCGCACGUGCCUGGCGCUGCUGGGCGAGCUGUGCGAGUGGGUCCAGCGACACCCCGCCUGCCUGCCCGCCUGUCUGGACGCUCUGGUGCGAGCCCUGCCGCGGCCCGCGCUGGCCCCCGCCGCCGCCGCCGCCCUGCAGAGCAUAUGCCGCGCGUGCCGCUCCGACGCCGCCCAGCACUACGGCCAGCUGCUGACGGUGGUGCGCCGCGCCGACGAGCUGCAGCUGCCCGCUCCGGCCGCCGCCACGCUGCUCCGCGCCCUGGCCGCCGCGGUGGGCCGCCUGCCGCCCUACAGACUCGCCGAAGCCAUGAGCGAAGCCACGGCCGUGCAGCUGGCCGGCCUCGUGCGCCUGCUGGACGCUCCGUCAACGGAGGUCCGGAAGGGAACCACCGCCGACCCCAUGCUGUGGCUGGACCGGCUGGCGGCGCUGUUCCGGGACGUGGACGUGGCCACGCCUCCCUCCGAGCCGCACCCCUGUCUGCCCGCCUUCAAGGAAGCCUGGCCCGUCGUACACAGGAUCAUGAACAAAUACGUGACGGAGUGGCGCGUUAUGGAGCGUUCGUGCCGCUGCGUACGGUUCAUGGUGCGCUGUACCGGCAAGCACGCGGUGGAGAUGCUGGAUGAGCUGUCCCGCGCGCUGCCGGUGCUGUACGCGCGCUGUCCCCACUCGUGCCUGCUGUACCUGGCGGCUGUCAUCACGGACACGCUGGCGGACGACCGGACAGCCACAGCGUCCGCCCUGACCCGCCUGCUGCACGACCUGCUGCCACGCGCGCUCACCCUCCUCACCGCGCCCAACGGACUAAAGGACAACCCGGACACUGUCGACGAUCUGUUCCGACUCUGCGUCCGAUACCUGCAACGUUGUCCGUCGGCGCUGGUGGGCGGCGGCGGAGGGGGGGAGGGCGGCGCGCUCGUGGGCGUGCUGCAGCUGGCGGCCGCCGCCUGCUCCCUCGACCACCGGGACGCGAACGGGACCGUCAUGAAGUUCCUGCUCGAAGUGGUGAGGACGGCCAACGCGGCCAGACACAAGAGUGAAGCGGAGAGAAGCCCCGUACAAGCGGCGGCGGUGAGCGCGGUGCAGGGCCUGGGCGAGUCGUUGACGUACUCGCUGCUGGAGGCGGCGGCGCUCCACCUGCACGCGUACAUGCUGGGCGACGUGGCGGACGUGCUGCUGCAGCUGCUGGCCUGGCAGCGAGCAGCGCACCCCUCAGCAGAAGGCGACUGGCUGCGGGCCAGUCUGUUACGUCUGCCGCGACAACCUCCCGCGCCCACUGACAUUCAGUGUGCACAAUUCCAUCAGUACGCUCUCAGGGCCGAGAAGUGCAAGGAGAUGACUCGCCUGCUGCGAGACUUCGCCCGCCUCUAUCGAUAA